AUGCUCCCAGAGCUCCCAGAGCUCCCAGAGCCAUCGUCACGUCUUCCUCCAAACGGAACGGGACGCCGAGCAGGCCGUCCGUCUGCCAUCAUGGCAUCCAUCGGCAGUGCGGCACGGCGGACCUUGCCCGAGCGGUCGAUCCGCAUCCUCGUUUCCCCGACGCCCAUCUCCUUUGCCGAGCGACGUUCCGUCCUGCAGGUGCUGGAGCAGCAUGGCCGCGUCGAGGUCUUUCGAAUGACGCCGUGCCUGCCGUCGUCGCAGGGCUACCACUCGAACUACAUUUCCGUCACCAAGGAGGCGGCGACGGCGAGAAAGCUCGUGGCCAGCAGCCCGUUGACCUACAACAUGGUGAAGCCAAAGAACGGCACCGACACGUCCAUGGCAGGCCUCUUCGAAAGCGACAAUGACGUCGAUGCCGACCGACCACCGGCCGUGACGAGCGGCCAGACUUCGGCCAUGGCCCACGACGACGGCCCGGACGACGGCCCGGACGGCGAUGCGGACGUCGAUGCGGACGUCGAUGCGGCGGCAGCCCACAAGAAGGAGGAGGAAGUCAAACAAUUCACGCUAGAAAUCUUUCCAGCCCCCGAAUAUAACCACGGGCGCGCCAUGUACGGCUCACCGCUUCACGAUCCGUGGCCGGACGGGUACGAGAACGACCGGUCCUUCAUGGCCACGACGCUGCGCCAGUCGCUGCCCAAGACGAUGGCGGCCAAGGGUCUGUCCCACUGGCUCUUCGAGCUCGGCAGCACGGCCAAGAAUGGGAAGUCGAAGCGGCUGCAGUCAAAGGGUUGGCUCCCGAGCAAGGCUGCCGCCGAGCGACCAUGA